AUGUCCCGGCCCAGCAGCAGAACCAUCUAUGAGCACCGGAAGCAGUACUCAAACAGCCUGACCUCGGAGCCCACCCUGGUGCAGCACAGGGUGGAGCACCUGAUGACAUGUAAGCUGGGCACGCAAAGAGUUCAGAAGCCCAAGGAUGCCCUGCAGAAACUGCAGGCGAUGGACGCGCAGGGCCGGGUGUGGAGCCAAGAUUUGAUCCUGCAGAUUCGAGAUGGCUGGCUCCAGCUGCUGGACAUCGAGACCAAGGAGGAGCUGGACUCUUACCGCCUGGACAGCAUCAAGGACAUAGACGUGGUGCUCAACUCCUGCUCCUACAAUUCCAUCCUGUCCAUCACUGUGCAGGAUCUGGGCUUACGGGGCAGCUGCACCCUGCUCUUCCAGUGCCAGGAAGUGGGGGCUGAGCAGAUGAAGAUCAGUGUGCAGAAUGCCAUGGAUGAGGAGCUACGGCAAAGACCCCGUUUUGAAAGCCUUCCCCAAGGCCAGGACAGGUGGAGGGUGUCCUCUCUGCAGAGGCCCCUCCCUGUGCAGCAGCCACCCCCUCUGGAGCGGGGACCACUUCCAGAACAGCCCCGCCAAAUGAUGCCAGAGUACAGCAGGUCCCCAUCCCCUGAGCCCCUGUCCCGGCGACCCAGUGUCCGAGAGCUUAGUACCUUCCCUCUGUCUCCUCCAAGGCGCUCCCCAUCCCCUGAGGAUCCAGAGAGAGAUGAGGAGGUGCUGAAUCAUGUCCUCAACGACAUCGAGCUGUUCCUGGGGAAGGUGAAUGAGGCCAAGGCCAGGAGUGACCGUAAGAAGAAGAAGAAGAAGCUUGGGAAGAAGAAAAACAACAAGGAUGAGGCGGAAUUGACAGAGGCACAGUACAUCGACUGCUUCCAGAAGAUCAAGUUCAGUUUCAACCUGCUGGCGAAGCUGGCUCUGGAGUUGCAGGAGACAAGUGCCCCCGACUUCGUGCACAUCCUCUUCCGUGCUCUGCAAACCAUUCUGUCCUGGUGCCCUGAGGCUGGCCUCGCGGCUCAAGUGACCUCACCUCUCCUCACCCCCAAAGCCAUCAACCUGCUGCAGUCAUGCCUGAGCCCACCUGAGAGCAAUCUCUGGAAGGAGCUGGGCCCAGCUUGGAGCACCAGCCGGGCUGACUGGAUAGGCAAGGAGCCAGAGCCCUACCGACCCACGUUCUCAGAUGGCUGGCAGCUUCCAGAACCCUCCUUCCAGGAACACUUUGAACGCCGGGACUCUGUCAUCCCACGCCCUGGGUUAGAGGGCAGCUCAUACUUUGCUCCAGAGGACACACCCAGCUUCCAGUCCCCCAGCCCCUCACCUGCCAAGCCCACCAUGAAAAUGAAAGUCCUGUAUGAGUUUGAAGCCAGGAAUCAACAGGAGCUGACUGUGGUCCAGGGGGAAGUGCUGGAGGUUCUGGACCACAGCAAGCGGUGGUGGCUGGUGAAGAAUGAGGCAGAAAGGACGGGCUACGUCCCCAGCAACAUCCUGGAGCCCCUGCAGUCGGGGGCCUCCAGGGACUGGAACCAGUCACCCCCUCAGGCAACAAUGCUUCGACUCAGCUCAAGGCCAGAUGAGGUCAGAACUUGGCUGCAGGCAGAGAACUUCUCCACCAUCACGGUGAGGAACCUUGGUUCGCUGACAGGAGGCCAGCUGCUCCGCCUGCGGCAAGGGGAACUACAGCUGCUAUGUCCACAGGAAGCUCCGAGAGUCCAGGCCCGGCUGGAGGCGGUCAGAAGAACGCUGGGGAUAACUCCUUAG